ACACAUACGGAUCUAUACUGGAGCGAAGCCUUAUUCUUGCGAAAUCUGCAAAUUACGGUUCGCGCAAAUGAGCAAUUUGAACACACACAUACGAAACCAUACUGGAACGAAGCCUUUUCCUUGCGAAAUCUGCAAAAAACGGUUUGCGCAAAAGAGCAGUUUGAACACACACAUACGAAUCCAUACUGGAGCGAAGCCUUAUUCUUGCGAAAUCUGCAAAAAACUGUUCGUGCAAAAGGGCAGUCUGAAAACCCACAUACGAAGCCAUACUGGAGCGAAGCCUUAUUCUUGCGAAACCUGCAAAAAACGGUUCACGCGAAAGGGCAGUUUGAAAACACACAUACGAAUCCAUACUGGAGCGAAGCCUUAUUCUUGCGAAAUCUGCAAAAAACGGUUCGCGCAAAAGAGCAGUUUGAACACACACAUACGAAUCCAUACUGGAGCGAAGCCUUAUUCUUGCAAAAUCUGCAAAAAACGGUUCGCGCAAAAGAGCAGUUUGAACACACACAUACGAAUCCAUACUGGAGCGAAGCCUUAUUCUUGCGAAAUCCGCAACAAACGGUUCGCGCAAAAGAGCAGUUUGAACACACACAUACUAAUCCAUACUGGAGCGAAGCCUUAUUCUUGCGAAAUCUGCAAAAAAACGGUUCGCGUAUAAGUCCCAUUUGAACACAC